AGACCACUGGUGCUUGUUUAAAAACUGUUUAAAGUCUUUUUUAUUUAAACGGAUUUUCAAGCCAUUUCCUAACAUCACCCACUUUCGUCCACAUAUUCAAGCCCAAAGGUACUAGCCACUGACUGUGAAGGAAGGAGUGGAAGCGGGAAUAUGGCGGUUCCCAUAUUCAGAGCUUUAAUUCCCAAGUCCCAUCCACACUUCCACUACUUGUUUCCUACUUCAUCAGGUGUCGAUAAAAAUUCGAAGAAGAAAAAGUGUCUUUUCUGUGCUCCAUCACAACUCAACCCACUUCGGUCGGAGGUUUCAAUUUCUGUUGGAGUGCAUCUUAUUCCGCAUCCGAAAAAGGUUGACACUGGCGGGGAAGAUGCUUUCUUUGUGAGCAAACGCAAGGGUGGAGUUAUUGCUGUGGCUGAUGGUGUCUCUGGUUGGGCUGAAAAGGAUGUGGAUCCUGCAUUGUUCCCUCAGGAAUUGAUGGCUAAUUUUUAUUACUUACUCGAAGAACAGGAGGAGCUCAACAACGAUCCUCAGAUUCUCAUUGGUAAAGCUCAUGCUGCUACCUCAUCUAUAGGUUCUGCUACAGUUAUUCUUGCCAUGCUGGAGAGGAAUGGGAUUUUGAAGAUUGCCAAUGUCGGUGAUUGUGGUUUACGAGUUAUCCGUGAAGGUAGAACAGUUUUUUCUACAUCUCCACAAGAACAUUCUUUUGACUGUCCGUACCAACUUAGCUCAGAGAUUGUUGGCCAAACAUACCUUGAUGCAAUGGUUAGCAGCGUGGAGUUAAUGGAAGGAGACACCAUAAUAAUGGGCUCGGAUGGGCUUUUUGAUAAUGUCUUUGACAAUGAAAUUGUUUCAAUAAUAGCCCGAUACAAGGAUGUUGAUGAGGCUGCAAAGGCAUUAGCUAACUUGGCAAGCACACAUUCGAUGGAUUUGAAUUUUGACUCUCCAUAUGCAUUGGAAGCCAGAUCCAAGGGUUUUGACGUGCCAAAAUGGAAGAAAGUUCUUGGGAAGAAACUCACAGGUGGAAAGCCCGAUGAUAUUACUGUGAUUGUCGGUCAGGUAGUAAGCUCUUGAACAUCUUGGUCCUUUAGAGGAGUUUUCAGAUGAAAAAGAUAUUAUAUAUAUAUAUAUAUAUAUUAAAUGCAGGCAUCACCACCAGAAGCUGUCAUACAGCUUAAGAUUAUUUUUUGGACAAUGUGAAAAAAUAAUAAUAGUAAUAAAAGUUGUUCUUCAUAACUGUAUUCUAAAUAGGUUGAGGUCCUUGGCAUGUCGACCAGCACUGAAAAUUUUCAUGUACCUAAUCAAUUAUGACACUGUUUAUUUGUAUA